AUGAGCAAUACAUUGAAUGCAUCACAUGUUGCAUUACAAAAUUUUUUAAAUACUUCUGGUGAAACCAUCACAGCACACUUGGCAAACAAUAUUACACAAUCAAUUAAUAUCGAUGAAAUAUUCCCUCUUAAGACAGAUGAUGAACUUGAUAAUUUUGAACAAAAAUUGCUAUGUGAUAAAAAUUUUAGACCUGAUAUGGUAUCAAAGCUAGCUUUAUUAGUUGGAAAUAAAGAUAUUGGAGAUAGUGUACGACGUAUCAUGUUGAAAAUGUUUUCAGAUGAACUUAUAAAAAGUUACUCGCUAUUGGGAUUUAAAAAAAAAAAAAAAUUUUCAAAGCUUGGAUGUUAUCGUCUAAUCAUUGAUGCUUUAAGGGUUAACAUAAAGUAUAAAAACAUAAUUGACAAGGACAUUGACACACCACUAUCAACUUGGUUGGCCCAUGCCAAAUUUAGGAUUUUAAGCAAAGCAAAUGCUACAUAA